AUGUCUACUUCAAUGAACCCUCUCGAUAUUCCUCCUUAUCUACGUAAGAAUCUAGAGUACACCGGCAAUGAAAUGGAAUUUCAAGAAUCACUGCUUACGCUGGUUUCUAAGAAGAUGGUGGAUUUUAACGGUCUGAAAGCUAACAAUUUUGAUGUGGAACCAUACUUCGUUCAUCAAGGGUGGAAAAGAUAUUUUGAGAUGCUGAACGGUCCAAUUUAUCCAGAUCUUCUUAAGCAUUUCUGGACGAAAGCUAAGAUCUUUACGAAGUAUGAAGCUAAGCAAGAGGAACUGCAAGCUAUUGAGAAGAAUCCUAGUUUGAAAGGUAAAUCUAGGAAAGAAAUGGGUACUGGUACUCAAAUUAUGUCAAACAUCUGUGGUUUGAAUCUAAUUUAUUCUAAGGUACACUUCAACAAGCUGCUUGGGUUAGAUUGCAAGGGUAUGAUACUGGAUGCUUUUGAAAAGGAUACAAGGUAUAGGGAUGCUCUCCUUCACAGGAUGUUCCAGGAUCUCUCUCAGAAGGGUAAAGUCAAAGGAAUGACUGACGAAUGCAGAGUUUUGUUCAAGAUUAUCAUAUCAUCUAUCUGUCCAAGAUUAGGUGGAACUGAUACUAUCUCCUGGACGCAUCGUCAUCUCAUAUACUUUCUUCUGAUUGAGAAAAAGUGCAGGAUUGUUAAGCUGGUUAAGAAAUACAAUCCUGAACUUAUUGCAAAUGAACAAGACUUUCAAGUUCGCACUGGUGAUCCAUUCUAUAUAGAUGGUUAUCCCAUCAUUUCUGAACUGGACUGUGAAGAAGUCAUUCAGAACUACUUGGAACGUCUCAGAGAAGAUGGUCAUGAAGUGACAAGGGAUAUGGUGCCUCCAAAACCAACUACUAAUCUUCACAGUAUGCAGAAAAGAGGAUCUAAAAGGAAAGUUGAAACUCAGAAGGUUGAGAGCAAGCCAGAUCUUCUGAAACAGAAAAAGAUCAAAGUGGAACAAGAGGCUGAACAAAGGACUAAGCAGAAGCAUGAAGCUACUACUAAGAAGGUUGUUGAAGAAUCAUCUGGGGCUCAGAAGAGGAAACUGCAGUUAGAUGAUGAUGCAGACUCUAAGGAGACUGACACAGAUGAGCAAACUAUUGCUGCUAGGCUACAGCAACGAAGAAAAGCUCCUGCUACUAAAGGUAAAACUCUUAAGAUCACAUCUAAUACUGAUAAGGAGUUAGGCUAUACCAAACCCCUUCAAACAGUUCACCCAGAUCAACCCAUUAACAUUUCAUCUUCUGAAAACUCAGAAGAACAAAGUUGUUCAACUGAUGAGCUGAUCAAAAGAGGUAAGAAAGGACUUUCCAAACUUACCUCCUCUGAUAAGUCUCAGCAGAAGGACAAACAAGUUCUCUCUGAUGACCCCCUCAUUGAGCUAGAAAAACACCUCAGCCCUGACACCCUAAACAAUCAUACUUUCUCACAUGAAACCACUCAACCACACAAAUCACCAGAAAAACAACAACCUCCCACUUCCACACCAUCCUCACAAAUUAAGCCAUCAUCUGAUCCACAACCAGAUGAACCUAAACAAACCUCUCCCACCAAAUCACCUGAACCAAAUUCUAAGCCAAUAGACUCUGAACCUGUUUCUGAGCCUAUGGACUCUGAACCAACCCAAACCCCAAGUGUUGAACAUGAAUCUCCUGUACGUAUUCACACUUGUGCUCCUCGUCCUCCACCUCUCACCAUGGAUGAUCUAGUCAUGUCCACUUCUGUUUUUGAUGAAGCAUUCUCUCGCUUCAAAGAUCCAGAAGUAGAUGUGGUUUCUUAUGUUUCAAGAAAAGAUCUUCAUUCCAUCAAGUUUAUCAAAACUCCUCCUGAACUACCCAAACCAUACAAUGUCCCUUACACCUAUUCCAAAACCUCUAACCCUUCAGCUGACCCUUUUGAUAGCCUAUCAAAUCAGUUUUACUGUGAUCUUCUGAGGUUAUCUGAGCUCAGGAACAAGUUCCUAGUCUUUCCCUCAGAUGUCGAUGCUGAAAUCUAUGCUCUCAAGGCCAAGCUGAGUGAUCUUCUGGAAGAAAUUGGUCAAGAGAUCAUGGAAGAGAUUGGACAAAGAGGAAUGGAAGUUGCCAGACUGAUGAUGGAUGUUGUUGAAAGAGCAAGUCAAAAGAGAUUGACUCUUUACAGUCAUGCAGAAUUUGAGUCUACAAGGUCUGAGGCUGAAGCUGCAAGAAAGGCUGCUGAUGACAUGCUUCUACAAGCUCUUAGGGAUUGCAGGAUGGAAUCUGAAUUGAUCAACCGCUUAGAAGCUCAGCGUAUUGAAACAGAGAGGCUAGCUCAAGAGACGGUUCUGCUGAUAGAGUAUCCAGAGGAUGUUGGUUAUUCGUCUGACAAAGGCAAAGCACCUAUGGAAUCUGAUGUGGAUAAGCUCAAAGUUUUAGAGGAAGCUAUUGGAGCUCAAAGGUCUGACCAUCAAGUUCUCGCCAGCAAAGUGGACUCGCUGGAUUCUAAAGUGGAUGAUCUUCAUACCAAAUUUGACCAAAUUAUUGUUCUCCUCUCUAAACCCUAG